AUGUCGACUAUAUUACCGAUUCGGUUUCAGGAGCAUGUACAACUCCAAAGUGUUGGCAUCAAUGCUGCCAACAUUGGGUUCAGCACUUUGACAAUGGAGUCUGACAAGUUCAUCUGUGUGCGGGAGAAAGUGGGAGAGGCUGCGCAGGUGGUCAUCAUUGAUAUGAACGACCCCACGAAUCCCAUCCGCCGGCAGAUAUCUGCGGACUCUGCUAUUAUGAACCCAACAAGUAAAGUGAUUGCCCUGAAAGCUGGCAAGACACUUCAGAUUUUCAACAUUGAGAUGAAGAGCAAGAUGAAGGCCCAUGUGAUGACGGAUGAUGUCAUCUUCUGGAAGUGGAUCUCUGUCAACAUGAUUGGACUGGUGACCGAGACGGCGGUCUAUCACUGGGCCAUGGAAGGUGACUCCCAGCCACAAAAAGUGUUUGAAAGACACACAAACCUAAAUGGGUGUCAGAUCAUCAACUACAGGACUGAUGCAGCCCAGCAGUGGCUCUUGCUGGUUGGCAUUUCUGCUCAGCAAAACCGUGUAGUUGGAGCCAUGCAGCUAUACUCAGUGGAGAGAAAAGUCAGUCAACCAAUUGAAGGUCAUGCAGCCUCGUUUGCUUCUUUCAAGAUGGAAGGCAACCCUCUGCCAUCCACCUUAUUUAUUUUUGCUGUCAGAGGAGCUCAAGGUGGCAAGCUUCACCUGAUUGAAGUCGGCACUCCCCCUGCUGGCAACCAACCCUACACCAAGAAAGCUGUGGAUGUGUUCUUCCCAGUUGAAGCUCAGAAUGAUUUCCCUGUGGCCAUGCAGACCAGCAACAAGCACGGCGUGGUGUUUCUGGUGACCAAGUAUGGCUACAUCCACAUGUACGACAUUGAGACGGGCACCUGCAUCUACAUGAACCGCAUCAGUGCUGACACCAUCUUUGUGACCGCCCCUCAUGAGGCUACCGAUGGUAUCAUUGGGGUCAAUAGGAAGGGCCAGGUUCUGUCUGUGAGCGUGGAGGAGGAAAACAUUGUUCAAUACAUCAACAGCCAGCUCCAGAACCCAGAUCUGGCCUUGAAGAUUUCGUCCCGCUGUAACCUGCCAGGUGCUGAGGACCUGUUUGUGACCAAAUUCAACAACCUCUUCCAGGCUGGCAACUAUCAGGAAGCGGCCAAAGUGGCAGCUAGUGCCCCAAAACAGACCAUUCAGCGCUUCCAGCAGGUGCCCACGGUGCAGGGUACAACUUCCCCACUUCUGCAGUACUUUGGCAUCCUUCUGGAUAAAGGUCAGCUCAAUAAGUAUGAGUCCUUGGAGCUGUGCCGCCCUGUCUUGCAACAAGGACGGAAGCAGUUGGUUGAGAAGUGGCUGAAAGAGGAGAAACUUGAAUGCAGUGAGGAGCUAGGAGAUAUUGUGAAAACUGCAGAUCCAACCCUGGCUUUAUCUGUGUACCUUCGGGCAAAUGUUCCUCAGAAGGUGAUCCAGUGCUUCGCUGAAACCGGCCAGUUUCAGAAGAUCAUCUUAUAUUCCAAGAAAGUCGGCUUCACACCAGACUACAUUUUCCUGCUGCGUAAUCUGAUGCGCAUCAACCCAGAACAGGGCCUGCAGUUUGCACAGAUGUUAGUUCAAGAUGAUGAACCUUUGGCUGAUCUCAACCAGAUUGUGGAUGUGUUUAUGGAGUUCAACUUGAUCCAGCAGUGCACAUCUUUCCUGUUGGAUGCCCUGAAGAACAACAGGCCCUCUGAGGGUCCUCUACAGACUCGCCUGCUUGAGAUGAAUCUACUUUCUGCACCUCAGGUGGCUGAUGCGAUCCUAGGCAACCAGAUGUUCACUCACUACGACCGAGCCCACAUUGCUCAGCUGUGUGAGAAAGCUGGCCUCUUGCAGAGGGCUUUAGAGCAUUACACAGAUUUGUAUGACGUGAAGAGAGCUGUGGUGCACACACAUUUGCUUAACCCAGAGUGGUUGGUGACAUAUUUUGGCACCCUGUCCGUGGAUGACUCCUUAGAAUGUCUGAAGGCCAUGCUGACGGCCAACAUACGCCAAAACCUGCAGGUGUGCGUACAGAUUGCAUCCAAGUAUCACGAGCAACUCUCUACCGAGAACUUGAUUGAGCUGUUUGAGUCCUUCAAGAGUUAUGAAGGUCUGUUCUAUUUCUUGGGCUCCAUUGUCAACUUUAGCCAGGACAGUGAAGUGCACUUCAAAUACAUCCAGGCCGCCUGCAAGACAGGCCAGAUUAAAGAAGUGGAGAGGAUCUGCCGAGAGAGCAAUUGCUAUGACCCAGAACGUGUGAAAAAUUUUCUGAAAGAAGCCAAACUGACAGAUCAGCUGCCGUUGAUCAUUGUGUGUGACCGUUUCGACUUUGUCCAUGACCUUGUACUGUACCUGUACAGAAACAAUCUGCAGAAGUAUAUCGAGAUCUACGUUCAGAAGGUCAACCCCUCUCGCCUGCCAGUCGUUGUCGGAGGUUUGCUGGACGUGGACUGUGCCGAGGACAUCAUCAAGCAGCUGAUCCUGGUGGUCAAGGGCCAGUUUUCCACUGAUGAGCUGGUCGAGGAGGUGGAGAAGAGAAACAGACUGAAGCUGCUGUUGCCAUGGCUGGAAACAAGAGUCCUAGAAGGUGUCACCGAGCCGGCCACACACAACGCCCUGGCCAAAAUUUACAUUGACAGUAACAACAACCCAGAGAGAUUUCUCAGAGAAAACCAGUAUUAUGACAGCCGCAUUGUGGGCAAGUACUGCGAGAAGAGGGACCCACAUUUGGCCUGUGUUGCCUAUGAGAGGGGCUUGUGUGAUGAGGAACUCAUUAGGGUGUGUAAUGAAAACUCCCUGUUCAAAAGUGAAGCUCGCUACCUGGUUCGCAGACGUGACCCGGAUCUGUGGGCGACUGUGCUGAGUGAGGAGAAUGAGUUCAAGAGACAGCUCAUUGACCAGGUUGUGCAGACAGCCUUGUCUGAAACCCAGGACCCAGAGGAGAUAUCAGUGGCUGUGAAAGCUUUCAUGACGGCCGAUCUGCCCAAUGAGCUGAUUGAGCUUCUGGAGAAGAUUGUCCUGGAUGUCUCUGUCUUCAGUGACCACAGGAACCUACAGAAUCUGCUGAUCCUGACAGCCAUCAAAGCUGACCGCACCAGGGUCAUGGAGUACAUCAACAGGCUGGAUAACUACGAUGCCCCAGAUAUUGCCAACAUCGCCAUCACCAAUGAGCUGUAUGAAGAGGCCUUUGCCAUCUUCAAGAAGUUUGAAGUCAACACAUCUGCUAUUCAGGUUUUAAUAGACAAUGUCAACAACCUAGACCGGGCGUACGAGUUUGCAGAGAGGUGUAACGACCCAGCGGUGUGGAGCCUGUUGGCCAGGGCACAGCUAGCCAGGGACUUGGUGAAGGAGGCCAUUGACUCGUACAUCAAGGCUGAUGACCCGUCCCAGUACAUGGAGGUUGUGACUGUCGCCAGUAAAAAUGAAAACUGGGAGGACUUGGUGAAGUACCUACAGAUGGCACGCAAGAAGGCUCGGGAGACAUUUGUUGAGACAGAACUAGUCUACGCAUAUGCAAAAACCAACAGACUGGCCGACAUGGAAGAGUUUAUUUCAGGGCCCAACCAUGCUAACAUCACCCAGGUGGCUGACCGCUGCUUUGACAACAAAAUGUACGAGGCUGCAAAGCUGCUGUACAACAAUGUAUCCAACUAUGCCAGGUUGGCCAUCACCCUGGUGCACCUGGGAGAGUACCAAGGAGCUGUGGACUGUGCACGCAAGGCCAACAGUACCAAGACCUGGAAGGAGGUCUGCUUUGCUUGUGUUGACAAUGGAGAGUUCCGGCUGGCCCAGAUGUGUGGCCUACAUAUAGUAGUGCAUGCUGAUGAGCUGGAGGAGCUCAUCAACUACUACCAGGACAGAGGCUACUUUGAGGAGUUGAUACAGCUGUUGGAGGCUGCUUUAGGUCUUGAGCGUGCACACAUGGGGAUGUUCACGGAGCUGGCAAUCUUAUACUCCAAGUACAAGCCUGAGAAGAUGAGGGAGCAUCUGGAGCUCUUCUGGUCUAGGGUCAACAUUCCGAAGGUACUGAGGGCAGCAGAGCAAGCCCACCUGUGGCCAGAGCUAGUGUUCCUCUAUGACAAGUAUGAUGAGUUUGACAACGCUAUCCUCACUAUCAUGGCGCACCCCACAGAGGCUUGGAGGGAGCCCCAGUUCAAGGAUAUCAUCACAAAGGUUGCAAACAUAGAGCUCUACUACAAAGCCAUUCAGUUUUACUUGGAGUUCAAGCCCAUGCUGCUAAAUGACCUGCUCCUGGUUCUGACCCCGAGGCUGGACCACACACGAGCUGUCAACUAUUUCAUCAAGGUGAACCAGAUACCCCUAGUGAAGCCCUACCUGAGGUCCGUACAGAAGAACAACAACAAAGCCAUCAACGAGGCCCUCAACAACUUGUUUAUCGAGGAGGAGGACUACCAAGGACUCCGGGCUUCUAUUGACGCCUACGACAACUUUGACAACAUCACGCUGGCACAGCGCCUGGAGAAGCAUGAGCUCAUUGAGUUCCGCAGGAUUGCAGCUUACCUGUACAAGGGCAACAACCGCUGGAAGCAGAGUGUGGACCUUUGCAAGAAAGACAAGCUUUUCAAGGAUGCCAUGACCUAUGCUGGAGAGUCACGCCAGAUUGAGAUUGCCGAAGACCUCAUCUCCUGGUUCCUGGAGAAUGGAAACCACGAGUGCUUUGCGGCCUGUCUCUUCCAGUGCUACGACCUCUUGAGGCCUGACGUUAUUCUGGAACUGGCAUGGAGGCACAACAUCAUGGACUUUGCUAUGCCUUAUAUGAUCCAGGUCAUGAGGGAAUAUACCUCCAAG